GUCGUGUCACUUCCGCUUGUCUCAAUCGAAAUCCUCAAACUGUACACAAAAUCGUGGCAUCGGCAUAUUGGCUCUGACGUGGGGUUAAGUUAUUAAAAAUGAAAAAAUACGGUGCAAGUUUUAUCGGUUUUCUCUGCAUUUUCGCAGUAGCCAAUGCCGGUGGACCCACCCUAGUGCUCCUGGACAAUCUCGCCAUCAAGGAAUCCCACUCGAUCUUCUUCAAAUGGCUGCAAGAUCGGGAUUUCAGCCUGACCUUCAGACUAGCUGACGACGCCAACCUGGUGCUCUCAAAAUACGGAGAAUUCUUGUACAAACACCUGAUAAUCUUCGCUCCAUCAGUAGAAGAGUUUGGUGGAGCUCUGAACAUCGAUGCUGUGACAGAUUUCAUUGAUGGAGGUGGCAAUGUCCUGGUGGCUGGAUCAUCCCACUCAGGAGAUGUUUUACGUGAACUAGCCUCUGAAAAUGGUUUUGAAGUCGACGAGGAAGGGGCAACUGUCAUCGAUCAUCUGAAUUACGACGUCAGUGACAGUGGACAUCAUACGACGAUUGUUGCUGAUCCUGAGAACCUCAUCAAUGCUCCAGUGAUUGUUGGAAGUAAGGAUGUGUCACCGUUGCUCUACGAGGGCACUGGACUCAUUGCCGACCCGGAGAAUCCUCUGGUGCUCCGUUUACUCACAGCAUCGAGUUCGGCCUAUUCUUAUAAUUCUGAUCAGCCAGUCAAGGAGUAUCCUCACGCUGUUGGCAAGAAUACUCUCCUGAUUGCUGCUCUGCAGGCGAGGAACAAUGCUCGUGUACUCUUCUCUGGAUCUCUUUAUUUCUUCAGCGAUGAGGCAUUCACCAGUUCUGUUCAAAAGGCCCAAGGAGGUAAAAAAUGGGAGAAAUCGGGAAACGAAGUUGUUGCAAAGGCGAUGACACAGUGGGUAUUCAAGGAGAACGGAGUUAUUCGAGUUUCCUCAGUGAAUCACCGCAGGAUUGGCGAGGACAAGCCCCCGGCAGCCUACACCAUCAUGGAGGACGUCAUCUACUCCAUCACAGUGGAAAAACUCUCCGGUGACAAGUGGAUACCAUACGAGGCCAAUGACUUGCAACUGGAGUUUGUCCGCAUCGAUCCCUUCGUCAGAAUGACAAUGACACCCUCGGGGUAUGGAAAAUAUGAGGCGCGAUUCAAAAUCCCUGAUGUCUACGGGGUUUAUCAGUUCAAAGUCGAUUACAAGAGAAUUGGACUCACACAUUUGUACAGUACAACUCAAGUCUCUGUACGACCACUCCAGCACACGCAGUACGAGAGAUUUAUUCCAAGUGCUUAUCCGUAUUAUGCCAGUGCGUUCUCCAUGAUGGGAGGUGUUUUCCUAUUUUCUCUGGUGUUCCUGCACUACAGGGAUCCCACGAAAUCCAAAGCUGAGUAAUUUUGAAAUAAUUGAAGAUUUCAUCACAUCCUAUCUUUAAGUACUAGAUACAUCGUGAUACAGUUGUAAUAAUGCGUUGGAAAUAAUUCAUCUGAAACGUCAGUUGUUUUUAAUCUUUUUGCAUAAACAGGUAUUUGUAAAUAA